CCCCAACACCAACCCGAGGGCAUCUCAAUUCAGCUUCAUCACUUGUUCAGUGCAUUCCCAAUUUUUCUCUGUUGAUACAAUGGAUUCGUCAUCGCUUUUCGACGUCAAGGGCAAAGUUGUGCUGGUCACCGGCGGCGCCAAAGGCAUUGGCCGUAUGAUCUCUGAGGGCUACGUUGCCAACGGUGCCACCGUGUAUAUCACCGCUCGUGACCUUGCUGCGUGUGAGAAAGCCUGCGCUGAGCUCAAUGCCCUGGGGAAAGGCAAGGCCCAUGCUAUCCGCGCCGAUUUCUACAAGGAAGAAGACUGCAAGAGACUGUUCGAGGAGUUUUCUAAGAGAGAAGAUAAACUACAUGUGCUAGUGAACAACGCCGGUUCCAACUGGGGCGCACCAUACGAUGAAUAUCCCUCUUCUGCCUGGACACGUGUGCUGACGCUCAACCUCCACCGUGUUUUCAUGGUCACUCAGCUCUUCACACCAUUGCUCGAGAAGGCAGCGAAGCCCUUGGAUCCCGCCAGAAUCAUCAACAUUGGAAGCAUUGACGGUCUCCGUGUUCCCUCCCUCGAGACAUUCGCAUAUAGCUCCAGCAAGGCAGGCUUGCACCAUCUUAGCCGCGUGUUGGCCCACCAUUUGGGCCAGAGAAAUAUUACAUCCAACACCCUCGCCUGCGGCCCGUUCGAGAGCAAAAUGAUGGCAGCUACGCUAAAGAGAUUCAAGGACUCGAUCGAAGCUGGUAUCCCACUGCAUCGUAUCGGCACUCCUGAGGACGUUGCUGGAGCUUGUCUGUUCCUAAGUAGCCGUGCCGGCUCAUAUAUUAACGGAGCAACAAUAACGGUGGAUGGGGGUAGCGCUAUUGCGGCGAAGCUCUAAUUUGAUACUAUUCAUGAUAUUAUUACCAUAUGUACGAUUCCAAUAUAUAACGGGGCUUUUUUUGAUAUUGUUU